AUGUCCCCCCUCCCCCCCGGCCCGCUCGUCCUGACCCUCACCCUCGACGCCCAAACACACACCCUCCUGACCUCCCUCCGCACAAAAUACUUCCCAUCCUCUCGAAACCACCUCGCCGCGCACCUGACCCUCUUCCACGCCAUUCCGCCUCGCCGGGUCCCCGCGCUCGAGGCGCAACUUCAGACCUUCUGCCAGCGGCCCGGAUUCGACGUGUCCGUGGGCCACCCGAAACAGAUGGGGAGUCGGGGCGUCAUGGUAGCGAUAGAGAGUGUCAAGCCGAAGAAUGCGAUAGAGGGGAUACAUAAGGCGUUGUUGGCGGGGAUGAGGCGGGAGCAGGAUGCGGAUAAAGAGAUCAAGCAAGGGGAGGAGGGGGAUAAGGAGAGAUUGACGAAUCAGGAUCUGAUGAAGCUGGCGCAUCCGCAUGUGACUGUGUUGAAUAAGGCUGAGAGUGAGGAAGAGGUGAACAAUUGUCUGGAGGAGGUGGAGAGGGUGUUCAGGGAGAGUAAGAAGGGGAGGGCGGUAGGGUUUGAGCUCUGGGAGUACAUGGGCGGGCCCUGGAAACCAUUCAAGCAAUACACGUUCAAGGGUGAAGACCAGCCAACAGCCCAAGACAAGCCCGUCCAUCCAUCGCCGCAGCACAAGCCGGCACACCACUCACCACAUAGACAAGCACAUUAA